AUGCCUGGCCAGUUCAGAACCCCCAGUGACCCUCCUGUGUCCGGCCUCCUCUCUUUCCCCUCCUCCUGGAGCUCUGGCCCCCUGCAGCCCCUACGUUUCCGAGCCCGAACUGAAUCCGUGGACUGGCGGCGCCUCUCUGCCCUGGAUGUGGAUCACGUGGCCAGGGAGAUGGACGUGGUCGUACUGCAGGAGUACAUAUCUGCUGUCACCUUCUGUGAUGUCACAGGUGAGAGGUGUCCCUACUGCCGUAGCCCUGUUGACCCGGCCCUUGUCAACCUACUACGUAUGUCCCAGCUCAGCACAGAGUACCUGCUGCACUGUCAGGACUACCUGAGCUCCCAGGUGUCUGGGCUAGAGGACCGUUUACAGGGGGUCCUCUCUAAGGCAGUCCGAGAGGGAGAGGAGAGGGCCAGGCUGGACUCUGAGCUACAGGCCACUAAACAGGAGAGCAAACUCAGGAAGAAGAUGCUAGCCACACAGCAGCUUCUACUGCAGGCGAGCUUCAACAACUACCACAAGUGCCAAUGCUGUGAGAAGUCCUUCAUCAACUAUUCCUACUUACAAGCCCACCUACAGCGCAGGCAUCCGGAGCUGACAGACACAGAGCGGCAGAAGAAGAGGCAGGUGGAACAGAUGGAGGAUGGGAUAGAGGAGCUGAGAGAGGUGCUGAAACUGUCCCAGACUAGACUGGACGUAGAGAGGGAAGCAGAGGCCCUUAGGAAACAGCAGGAGCUGGAAGAUCAGCGAAGGAAAGAGACCUCGGAGAGAGAGAAGAUGGAGAGCUGGAAAGAGGAGGAGAGGAAGAAGUUUCAUGAGGAAAUGAGGGACCUGAAGCAGCUGUUCCUGCAGGAGUUCAGAGAUAUGGCCAGCAGGAGCUCCUCCAUCGAGGCUAAACUGCAGGAGCUCCAGACCAGAGAAGAAGUGACUGUUUCUAACCUGGGCUCCUAUCAAGAGGAGGAGGACCUGCAGCAGAGAGAAGAGGCAGAGAAGAGGGUGAUGAUGAUGAAGAAGAAGAUGUCUGAGCAGAAGCGUGAGUGGAACAAACGGUUUAAAGAGAUCCAGAACAGGCACGUGUUUGAGAGAGACGAGCUGCAGAGUGAGAAUGAUAGGUUGCAGCUGGCCCUGUCUGUAGAACAAAGGUCAGACCGACACAGGCUAGAACAACAGGUCACUACCCUGUCGGCCAGGGUCCAACAGAAAGACCGGCUCAUCAGGUCUCAGGAGGAUAAGAUCAACAAGAUGUCCAGAAGAACAGUGGCAGAUACUCCCAUCAAACAAACGUUCCAACACUCCACGGAAGAGGAGGAGGAGGAGGAAGAGGAGGAGGAGGAAGAGGAAGAAAAUCUGGAGGACUCUGGUGAGACCAGGAGUAGACUGUUGGAGUCCCUCCGGAGGAACCCCGCCUUGGUGAAGGAGUUCAGACCCAUACUAGAGGAAACCCUGGAGGAGAGGCUGGAGAAGAUGGGUCUCAGAAAGGGAACCAAGGGUAUAUCCAAGAAGACCUUUAAGAGCCUGAGCACGUUGGUAUCUGGUCAGCGACAUCAGAUGUCCAGACAGAAAGCAGACCUCCUGGAGCUCAGGGAGAGCCUGGCCAGAGAGCUGAUGCGCAGAGUGCACGCCCUACAGAGGAGCCAGGGGAUCACCGUACCUAAUUUACCCAGACAGGUUACCAUACCCAGUACCACCCCUCAGUCCCACAAGAAGAGGAGUCCGAGCCGGGAGAAGAGUCCAAAAAGCAGACAGACACCGGUGAAGGUGAAGGUCUCCUUGAGGAAAAAGAAGGCUCCACGAACUCAACAGACACCAAGCACUCAUAGAAAAAAGAACAGCACCCCUCCCUUCAGUUCUGAGGAUGAGGCGUCAGGAGAAGACAUUCCUUCUGUCACCAGCCCUGGCAGUAGGUCUGGUGUCUCUGUCACCAGCCCUGGCAGUAGGUCUGCUGUCUCUGUCACCAGCCCUGGCAGUAGGUCUGCUGUCUUUGCCACCAGCCCUGGCAGUAGGUAUGGCCCCUCUGUGAGGGUGGUGCGGUCUGGAUCCAGCUCAAGGCAGAGGUACCACAUGUCUGGUUCUACCCAGGGAGAGGACUGGUCUGGGACAGACACAGAGCUCUCAGAAGGGCCUACAAGUCUAACAACCCACCGUGGAGCACAAAAUCAGACUGUUAAAACCCUGACCAGAAGCUUGGAGAGACAGUUGAGUUGUCCAAUGAACAAGCCAGUAGGAGGAACCAGAGUGGUGAUGCCACCAGUAGCAGCCAACGUCUUACCCAAACCCAAACCCAGGACAGCGUUAAAACCCCUACAGUUAUCGGACGAAGAAAGCGACCUAGAACUGUCUUCCAUCGAGGAGAUCCUGUCCCUGCCGGUAGGGGGCCAGUCUCAGAUCCUAGGGGGGCGAGGGAGCACCGAGGUGGGCCUGGGAGGAACCUCAGGAACCAACGUGUGGAGCUCCUCAACUAGCAGAGCAGGAGGGCUUUAAUGCACUUUUCCUGUUUUUUUAAAUGUUUAUUUAGUGCUAUGUAUCCUUUAUUUAUCCAGAGGAGUGCCUUUUUUUGAGAUGGAAAUCUAUUUUUCAAUGGGCGUAUGUGAAAUAUGAAUUACUCUCUUCCAAGUUUUAAAACAAUUACAGAAGAUGCAUUCCAACGUGAUGAGGAGCCGGCUUGUAAUACCAGUUAUAAAACAAUUACAGAAUCAAAUAACCUUUCGGUUUUAUUCCAUUUUCCAGAAUCAAGCUACACUCAGCAAAAAAUAGAAACGCAACAUGUAAAAUGUUGGUCCAAUGUGUCAUGAGCUGAAAUAAAAGAUUACAGAAAUGUUCCAUAUGCGCAAUAAAAAGCAUAUAAAAAAAAAAAAAAAAAAAAAGUGUAUUUCUAUCAAAUUUUUGGCACUAAUUUAUUUAUCCCUGUUAGCGAGCAUUUCUCCUUUGCCAAGAUAAUCUAUCCACCUGACAGGUGUGGCAUAUCAAGAAGCUGAUGAAACAGUAUGAUCAUUACACAGGUGCACCUUGUGCUUGGGACAAUAAAAGGCCACUCCUAAAAUGUGCAGUUUGGUCACACAACACAAUCCUACAGAUGUCUCAAGUUUUCAGGCAGCUGCAAUUGGCAUGCUGACUGCACUGCAGGAAUGUCCACCAAAGAUGUUACCAGAGAAUUGAAUGUUCAUUUCUCUACCAUAAGCUGACUCCAACAUCGUUUUAGAUAAUUUGGCAGUACGUCCAACUGGCCUCACAACCGCAGACCACGUGUAACCACGCCAGCCAAGGACCUCCACAUCAGGCUUCUUCACCUACAAGAUUGUCUGAGACCAGCCACCCGGACAGCUUUCUGUCAGUAAUAAAGACCUUUUGUGGGGAGAAACUCAUUCUGAUUGGCUGGGCCUGGCUCCCAAGUGGGUGGGCCUAUGCCCUCCCAGGCCCAACCAUGGCUGCUCCCCUGCCCAGUCAUUUGAAAUCCAUAGAUUAGGGCCUAAUGAUUUUUUUUAAUCAAUUUACUGAUUUCCUUAUAUGAACUAUAACUCAGUAACAGUUGGAAAAAGGUGCAUGUUGCAUUAAUAUUUUUGUUCCGUGUAUAUAUAGGGACUUUCUUGGUAGGAUUCAAACUAUGUUGGGACUUUGAAUGUAGUAAUGACUUGGUUUUUUUUAUAAUCAGGAGAUAUAGUGCCUUCAGAAAGUUAUGGCAAGCCUAAAUAAGUUCAGGAGUAAAGAUGUGCUUAGGAUAUUCAAUGGCUGUUGUUUUUAUUUAUUUUUUACCCAUCUACCAAUAGGUGCUCUUCUUUGCGAGGCAUUGGAAAACCUCCCUGGUCUUUGUGGUUGAAUCUGUGUUUGAAAUUCCCUGCUCGACUGAGGGACCUUACAGAUAAUUGUAUGUGUGGGGGUACAGAGAUGAGGUAGUCAUUCAAAAAUCAUGUUAAACACUAUUAUUGUACACAGAGUGAAUCCAUGCAACUUAUUAUGUGACUUGUUAAGCACAUUUUUACUCCUGAACUUGUUUAGGCUUGUCAUAACAAAAGGGCUUGAAAACUUAUUGACAGUUUGAGCUCUUCAUUUUUUAAUGAAUCUGUAAAAACGUCUAAAAACAUAAUUCCACUUUGACAAUAUGGGGCGGUGUGUGUGUGUGUGUGUGUGUGUGUGUGUGUGUGUGUGUGUGUGUGUGUGUGUGUGUGUGUGUGUGUGUGUGUGUGUGUGUGUGUAGGCCAGUAAAACAAAAUAUCAAUUUAAUCCAUUUUCAUUGCAAGUGGUGAAUACUUCCUGCCACUGUAGGGAUUUUGUAGUGUAUGUUGUUUUGUUUUUAAUGAUUCUGUACUGUUGUUUUGUUUUUAAUGAUUUUGAUAUAGCUACGGUUAAUAUAUAUUUUUAUUUUCUAAUUUUGAAAGGAACUUACCAAUAUUCAUAUUUAUAACAUAUUUACCACUAUUUCCACUAUGAAUAAAUAGUUAAAUAUUUCUACAA